AUGUGGGUUGAAAGGUUUGAGCAAGUAUUAAGGAACAAUUUCCCCGGACUUAUACCUAAGUCUAAAAGUUUAGUCUUAAUUAAGUUUUAUGUAAAUGAACGAAAUGGAAUUCAAAUGCCUCGUGCUGAUUUCCCAUAUCAAUGGAUUAUGAAAUUAUUCUCGAAAAUUUGGCAUUUUAGUCGCCCACAUGGACCGUUGGUGGUACUCGGGUUUCUGAUGAAUGAAAAUAAAAAUGAAGCUUUUCAUGAAGGAAACGGGAUCAACCUGUUGAUCUUUAUUAAAUGUGGAAACGCGGCGAAAAGGUUUCUCUGGCUGUCAGAAGUCUUAAGGUAG